AUGUGCAACGGUAAAGCUCUUCAAACGCAGUCUUGUAAAAAAAUGAACGUGAAAGCGAAAAAGCCUGAGAGAUAUUUUGAUACCUCAGUGACAUAUAAACACGACCAGCAUGAAACUUUGAACCGCUUUCUGAUUGCAUUGCAUAAAAAGCUUUGCAGAGAAAAUGCUGUUAGAAUGUUUGAUAUAUUUUUGAUUUUAAAAUUCACUGCAUGUGAUUCCGCAGGUUGGCUGUUGUACAUACAAAACUUUAACAGCAAUACAACCCUGAACGGAACUUAUGUGCAGUGUUUCAAAACUUGA